AGGCUCCAACCCAGACACGCACUAAUAUCCUCGUCUUCCAUCGCCAUGGAUGCAUCUGAAGGAUGCUGGAACAGCUGCUUGAAUGAGGACGAUUUGCCUCAGAUGGAUGGCACAUGUGAUGCGUGUGAACCAGAUGAGCCUCAGUCAGCUGCCUGGAUGUGCACACUCUGUUGCUUUGCCUUCUGCACCAGCCAUGCAGACAAACAUUCACAAAGCACUGGUCACCAACUCCAGCCGUACAGCUCCCCAGACCCUCAAGCAGAGAGUGGGCCAUUGAAAGACUGCCAGGGGUCUGAAAACGCAUCAGAGGGGGCGGAGGCCAGCAAUAAUGAUGAGCAUAAACCAGCUAAAAGAGACACUGUGACAGUGGAAAGGCUAAAAUGUAAGGAGCAUGGUCAAGAGGGUUCGCUCUACUGUAAACACGACCAGCGGAUCAUUUGUGUGCUGUGUGCUGUGCAGGGAGAGCACAGAGAACAUGAGAUUAUCACUCUUAAAGAGGCCUACAUGUGGCAGAAGAGCAAAGAAGGCAUUGACCUGCUGGAGCGCACACAUGAAAUAUCAGAGAAGAUCAAGGCCAAAUGGAUCAGCCCAGAUAUGAGUGUAGAAGAGCUGGAGCAGUAUGUGAACCAGCAGUUCGAUGAGCUGAAUAGGCUGGUUCGCCUGGAGGAGUGGCGUGUCCUGCACCUGGUGGAUUUAAAGGAGGCGUUCCUCACUGCCCAGGCUGCUGAGAAGAUAUCUGAGAUUAGUGUCCACACUGAAAAACUCCAGGAGGAGAUGGAUUCUGUCACACAACAGCUGAGUGAACUGGAUCAAAUAGAGCAGAAUGGAGUCGCCCCUAUGUACCUGGCCCCACUGCUGGCCGCCAGACCACCACAUCCACCUGAAGCUCUCGUGGAGCCCAUGCCACUGAAUCCUGAUUUGAGGCUAAGAGCAGCCAAUCAAAGGAGGGACCAAGAAGAUCAUUCAGUAGAUGAAGGAAGAGAAGAUGCAUACAUUGGACAUGCACCCUAAACUACUCUUACAUUCUCCUUUCAUACAUUCACUUAACUGCGAUAAAAACUAUAACUCAUCAAUUCUUAUUUUGAAUACUUGCAGCUUUUAGAACCAGAUUAUUUCCUUCGUAAUGAAAGGUAAUAAAAUAAUAUUUAAAAACUGGGAUGGCAGGAAGAAAACUGAAACACUAAAUUCCAAAAUAAUAUUUUGCCUGUUAUGUAUAUUGUGUUAAACAAACAAAAAAAGUUCUGAUUUGAUUUUAAGGUUAAGAUUUUAAGCAAGUGUUUAACAAUUUAAACCAGUGACCAUAUUGUUGUUGUUGUUAUUUUAAUUUUUACAUUUGCUUGUAAAAAUACAUUCAAGUUCAACUGUGCGUUCCAUGAAAUGUGGUCUCAUACCAUCCACAAUCACCUUCAUGUCAUCAUGCUAUACCUUGAUUCUAUUUGAGCUUAAACCUAGAAUAAUAUAUAUUUGGCAUAAGUGUUUUUUCUUUUUUAUAUGCAUUGCUUCUACUCCAUUUUUUGGAUGAUUUUUGUUUGGCAGAAAGAAAUGUACAAUUCCCUGGAUCACUCCUGCCUAGUAUACCAAAUAUGUUUUAAGCGUUAUCCUGAUUUGGCUUAGUAUGUUGUGUAAUUGACUGCAAUUGACUUGUACUGUAUGCUUUUUCACUUCAUAGGAGUGACCUUCAAGUCUCCUGUUUUUUAAAUAUAUAUAUCAUUCUCUCAGUGAUUUUCUGCAUUAGUAGAUUUCUCUUUGAUACCUAAACUAUGCUUUGCUAAGUGGAAACAUGGCAUUAUAUUUUUUAUAUGGUCUUUGAUAGUGUGCAGGAGGGCACUGACCUCUGCAACAGUUAAAUUGGUUAUACUGUACCCAUUUUCUCCUGCUUUUGUUUUGUUUAAUCUUUUGUGAAA